AACCAUCAUCAUUAUCAAAGUGAAAAAUUUUUGUUUUUCUUGUCAGUGCGACAAAUUUUCUCGAAUUCUUCACAUAAUCUUUGCAGUUUGCUUUUUAACACCUAUCACCGGGUCUUCCGCGUCCACCAGAAUGGCUAAUAGCGCCGAAGAGUCUCAGGUUGGAAUGAAUUUUCUCGAUCUGCCGGACUGCAUGAUUGAACAAGUGUUUGAGUAUCUCAGUUACGACGAAAUUGCAAAGAAGCGAAUUAUUUGCAGAAAAAUAGACCGCGUUUGCCAAUCGCUGCUUAACCGUGGCUUUAUGAAAAUGAUCAAAAGGCACAAUGCCAAUCUGAAGACCAUCAAGUCGCAAUUACCUCGGCGAGAAUCAGAGCGAAGGAAUCAUCCCCUAGCAAAGCAUUCAGAUAUUCUUACCUGCAUUGAAACGAGAAUCUCAAUGUUGUCGAUGACUUAUUCGAAGUAUAUUGAUAAAGAUUUGUGCUGUUUCAUUCCCGGGAAAGUAAUUGAUGAAGUGUUUAACAUUUUAAAGUUAAUUGAGGGCACUUCGAAACCUCUAAGGGCGCAUGAAGUUUUGCAGGAGUUGAGAGAUAUUUCUUCAAUGGCAAUUGAACAUUUUGACGAAAAUAUUGCUCAUCGGUUAAAGCGAAUAAUGGGAGUGCAUCAUUCGAGUGGAAGUCAUCUGCCGUUCCCGACUCCGGGUUUUAUUCAGAAUGAAGUUGUUCUACCUUGUGAUGUGAACGGAGAGAAAUUAAUUCUUCCAACGCUAACACCAAUUUCAUCGCAUAAAAGUGGACCAUCGCAGCAGCUGUACUGUCAUAAAAGUUCCUCGUCGGCUUGCAGUGCUAGCCGGAUUAAUAAUGCGUCAAUCGCUCGCAUAAGUCAUAAGUCGCGCAAAAUGAGGCUUUCCAUUAAAAAGAUUUUAUCGGAUAUGCAAGGCUGCAAAAAUCAAAUGAAACAAAUGCGAUCCCAAGUUAUGCGCAAUUGUCUGGAAAUCAAAGAUCUUCGUCGGCGUUUAGAAGAGUCGGAAGCAAAAAAUCGCGAACUGAUUGCGAACAUCAAUCAAAUUAGUUUCGGUUCAACGCCCUCUAGUUCGGAGUUGGCAGACCCGUCAGUCGAAUCUGCAAAAUCUCCCGUCAGGUCAUUAGUGACCCGAAAUAUUAAACCACGCUCGGCCACUAUAAUACUCAAACGAGUUUUGGCCGAAACAGAAGCGCAUGGUUGCGGAUCUUCAGCUUCACAAAUGCCACUAGCCGCAUCGGUUUCCGCCGAUAACGAACCUAUAAUCAGUGCAAAAAAAUCAAAACUCAAUUGAAGUAACUCGCGAAUACUCAACUCUCAUCUCUCUUUUUCAUUGCAUUGUGCAGAGUAGCAUACAAAAUUGUAUCUAUCAGUUUUUUUUCUCUCAUUUUAACCCUCUAGUGCCCAAGUUUAUUUAUAAACGGGCUUCGGUAAAAUCACUAUGAAUCAUUAUAAACACUUUUUAAGUACAUAUUGAAGCUUUUCAAAACUUCGACUGAAGCCCGCCAAAUGGCGGUAUUGGGCACUAGAGGGUUAAACUAACGAAAAUUCUGUAGGUAUGAUUUUAUACAGCUUAGAAUACAAGUAAGUUGGAAAAUUUGUCCCUUUCACAAUCUCAAUGGCAAUUCCACCGAUUACACUGCAGGUCCCGUUGUAUCGGUUUAGCAAAUUGAUCAGAAAUCAAAAGAAAACAGUUAAAGGUCGUAUCUGUUUAAAAAAAAAACUUUUUUUUUAAAUAAAUGUAAUUAGUUUUCUGAUCGCUAUUCCAGUGAUUGGAAAUUAUUAAUUGAUGCAAUUACUGAAUUGGGGUUCAUAGCUGAUUGUCAUUGUUCAUGUUUACUGGCCGAUUCCAUAUUCGUACGAAAAGAUCGACUGGAACGAACUGGAAAACGGGCUUGAUAAAGGGGAAUCCGAACGUUCAAGCUGAUUCGAAUGAAAAUGGGAAUGCGAAUUUCCGAUACUCUCGUACGAAUGUGAUUUGUACGAAAACAACAAUGACUAAUGUUAAAACAGUUAAUGUAUUUUUUUUUUCAACAAUAUCGGAAGUUGUUUCUGAUUUUUUUUUCAGUUUUUCUUUGAUUCAGUCAUUGUUGAAAACCAUAUCAUCGAAUAUGUAAGGUAUAGUCGGUCGAUAUCGGUUCUGUGCUACUCAGAUUGAAAAUUGUAACAAAGGUAUACUAAAUACUUAUACUUAAUAUUAAUUUUUGCUAAGCUAAGUGUAGCUUCAUGAUCAUAUAUAAAAUAAAAAUUGUAAUUAGACUUUAAAAA